AUUAAAAUUCUACUUGCAGGAUAACUGACUUUCAUUUGGGUAAAACCCUAUCUCUCUCCUCUCUCAAAAAAUUUUCAAAUCUAAAAAUCUCUGGCAUUUUCUUUUUCUCUUCCGAUCUGUUUGUGCAGUGAAGAGAGAGAAAGGAGGGGACACGUCUCAGUUGUAGGUUGUUGAUCGCUAAAUUAUUGAGCUGUGGAAAGUCUUGGAGUUAAUUACUGGAGUAAUUUGACUGCGACUAUAAUUACGAUUAUAUAGUAAGCUCAAUUUUAAUCUAAUUGAAAAGAAUAAUGAAGAACGGUGAACGUCUUGCCAAUAUUGCGUUAGCAGGUUUGACAUUGGCGCCGCUUGUUGUGAAGGUAGAUCCAAACUUAAAUGUCAUCUUGACUGCAUGUCUUGCAGUUUAUGUUGGGUGUUACCGAUCUGUCAAGCCAACCCCACCUGCAGAGACGAUGUCUAAUGAACAUGCAAUGCGCUUUCCCUUUGUUGGGAGUGCAAUGUUAUUGUCGCUAUUCUUACUCUUCAAGUUUCUUUCAAAAGACUUGGUUAAUGCUGUUUUGACAUGCUACUUUUUCGUGCUUGGAAUCAUCGCUCUUUCGGCGACAUUGUUACCAGCUAUUAAGCGUUAUUUGCCAAAGCAUUGGAAUGAUGAUGUUAUUACCUGGCAUUUUCCAUAUUUUCGCUCUUUGGAGAUUGAGUUCACCAGAUCUCAGAUAGUUGCCUCGAUUCCUGGAACAUUCUUUUGUGCAUGGUAUGCUUCCCAGAAGCAUUGGCUGGCUAACAAUAUUUUGGGCUUGGCCUUCUGUAUUCAGGGAAUUGAAAUGCUUUCCCUUGGGUCUUUUAAGACUGGCGCCAUCCUCUUGGCCGGACUUUUUGUAUAUGAUAUUUUCUGGGUUUUCUUCACUCCUGUGAUGGUUAGUGUAGCAAAAUCUUUUGAUGCUCCUAUAAAGCUUUUGUUCCCAACAGCAGAUGCUGCACGGCCAUUUUCGAUGCUUGGGCUUGGUGACAUUGUUAUCCCUGGUAUUUUUGUAGCUCUGGCAUUGAGAUUUGAUGUCUCUAGAGGAAAAGACAGCCAGUAUUUUAAGAGUGCUUUUCUAGGAUACACAGCUGGUGUGGUCCUUACAAUUGUUGUCAUGAACUGGUUCCAAGCUGCCCAGCCUGCACUUCUAUACAUCGUACCUGCUGUAAUAGGAUUCUUAGCAGCUCAUGUUAUAUGGAACGGUGAAGUUAAACCGUUGAUGGAGUUCGAUGAAUCUAAGACUGCUGCAUCGACUCAAGAAAGUAGCGAAAGCAACUCUGCCAAAAAGGUGGAGUGAGUGAAAAAAACUGUUGUUGAAAUGGGAUAGAAGAAUUUGUUGUUUCCUUUUUUGAGGACCCAAAAAGCCUCUUAGAUUAAUCUUGGCUAACUUGUGCAACUUGCACAUCAGUGUAACUGAUUUUGGAAUUAAACAAGGAAAAAAAAAUGAAGAAGAAUAAUAUAAAUUUAGCCUCUUAUAGCAGGACCA